AUGACUGUUCUUGAUCCUUCACUGUACACCGUUGCAUGGAUUGCCCCACUAGAAAUCGAGGCUCGUGCUGCUCUUUGCCUCUUCGACGAAAUCCACGAGGGAGACUUUCCUCUGGCGAGAGGCACUGAUUAUGUGUUCGACGCGGGUAUCGUCUGCGGGCAUCAUGUUGUGCUCGCCACCCUGCCCCCUGGACAACCAUACGGAACCGGAUCAGCGGGCGCUCUUGCUGGCCAAGUCAAGAUGUUCUUUCCUAACCUCUGGUUCGGUCUCCUCGUUGGCGUCGCUGCGGGUCUGCCAGACCAUUCCCGAUCCCCGCCGCAAGAUAUUCGGCUUGGUGAUGUUCUUGUUGCUCUGCCGAGCGGCGACAGUGCUGGACUCGUUGCAUAUGACUUGGGGAAGGAGGUUGGAGAGGCUGGGAUCCAACUCUUAGAUGGCGGACAUGGAUUAGCGAAAACGGAGACGGUCAUUCGCUCAGCUAUUGGAAAGAUAAAGCGCAAAUCGCCCAAGGACACAGAUCUCUUCUUGCCAUACUAUCAGGGAAUGAAGGAUGCGGAGCCCCCCCUCGGCACGUUUAUCGAUCCUGGACAAGACAAAGAUGUCCUCUAUGACGGCGAGGAGACUGUAGCCCGAUCCUCUCGCCUUGAACCGAAGAGAACACGGGUGUGGUAUGGCCCUAUCGGGUCUGGGGACAAGCUCAUGAGGGAUGCAGCGAAAAGAGAUACGCUCCGCGACAAGUACGGUAUCAUUGGAUUGGAAAUGGAGGCAGCAGGGACGAUGAAUACGAUACCUGCGGGGGUGAUCCGCGGUGUGUGUGCCUACGGCGACCAUCACAAUAACAAAGACUGGCAGCCCUAUGCGUCGGCAAUGGCUGCUGCGUAUGCCAAAGGACUUUUGCACACAAUUCUGCCUAAGAAGAUUAGAGAAUGCCACUUCUUAGUUCCCUUGGAUAGAAAUUUAAGCUUCGUUGGACGAGUCUCAAUCUUAACUCAACUCCUUGCACGCGUGCCUCCCGCAUCAAGCCCGGAUACCUGCCAGUAUACUGUCAUUGAGGGACUUGAUGGUAUCGGCAAAACCCAACUUGCACUCGAGAUUGCCUAUCAGGUGCGUGAUACGUGCCCGGAUUGCUCUAUCUUUUGGGUGCCAGCCAUCAAUCGCAUGAGCUUUGAGCAGGCAUACCAGGGCAUCGGACAAAAACUCAAUGUUCAAGGAGUCGACGAGAAAGGUGCAGAUGUAAAACUACUGGUCAAAGCCGCCCUGGACCGUGAAGAAGGUAGUUGGCUUGUAAUCAUUGACAAUGCCGACGACUCUCAGCUGCUCUUCGAAGAGGGAGGACUUUUUGAAUAUCUACCAUCCAACCGACGUGGAUCUAUACUGUUCACUACUCGCAAUCAUGAGACGGCCAUAAAAUUGGAUGUGCCUCUCGAUGGGGUUUUGAGUGUAGCGGAGAUGAGUAGGCAUGAGGCAACAAAAUUGCUCCAACAAUACUUAAAAGAGAACCAGAUGCAAGACCCAGCCAGUACGUCAGACUUGCUUGACAUCCUGAUGGACUUACCUCUAGCCAUCAGGCAAGCUGCCGCAUAUAUGGCUCAGACAAGAAUAUCAGCCUCCCAAUAUGUUCAGCACUGCCAGUCUAGUGAGGCGCGGUUGAUCAAGCUUCUGAGCAAAGACUUCAACGAUAGGGGACGAUACAAGACGAGCCUGAAUCCUAUUGCUACUACGUGGCUAGUAUCAUUCCGACAAAUAUCCCGGGACAAAAAGUUAGCCGCAGAAUAUCUAGGUUUCGUGAGUUUCCUCUCCGAGAGGGAGAUACCAAAAGAUAUCCUGCCUCCUGCCGAUGAUGAGCUGGAUAUGGAAGAGGCUAUCGGUACUCUGAAAGCCUACACCUUCAUCGUCGAGCGAGCGAGCGGGGACUCAUACGAUAUGCAUAGACUUGUUGGACUAGCCAUGAGAAAUUGGAUAGCAGGCAAGACGGACGUAGAGGUGAAUAUCAUGGACGUCCUACAGAGGCUAGGAAAGAUAUAUCCGGACCCCCCAGAACACGAGAACAAGGGGCUCUGGCUGUGCUAUCUUCCGCAUGCCCGGCGCGCCUUAAGUUUCCGGAGUCAAAGAGGAUACAGGGAUGCGCCCUCCGUGGCACAUCUCAUGACCCUUGUCGCAAGAAGCGACGACAAUCUUGGCAAUUACAAGGGGGCUGAGCCGAUGUACCGUGAGGCGCUUGAUCUACGCAAGAAGAUUCUGGGACUGCAGGAUCCGGCGACUCUGAACAGUUUGAAUAAUUUCGCAUCGAUAUUAGACAUUCAGGGCAAGUGUCAAGAAGCUGAGGAGAUACAUCGGCAAACACUGGACGCACGCAUGAAGAUCCUUGGACCACAGCACCCGAGCACUCUGACCAGUAUGAAUAACCUGGCAUCCACGCUAGAAUGCCAAGGGAAAUAUAAAGAAGCUGCAGAAAUUAUUCGGAAAACAGUCCAAGUAUGCACAGAUGUCUUCGGCCCAGAGCAUCCCGAUACCCUCAGUAGCACAAACAACCUCGCCAUAAUUCUGAAUGGCUUAGGAGAAUAUGAAGAAGCAGAGGACCUAUUUCGCAAAACCCUCGAUCUACGUAUUAAAGUUCUUGGCCCAGAGCACAGCGGUACACUGACUAGUUUGAAUAACUUUGGAAUAGUCCUCAACAGCAUGAAGAAAUAUGACCCAGCUGAAGACGUGUUCAAGCAAGCAGUUGGACUCUGUAAAACAAUAUUUGGGCCGCGACAUCCCAAUACUCUUAGUAGCAUGAGCAACCACGCAGCUAUUAUGAAUAAACAGGGAAAGGAUGUCCAGGCUGAGCCUAUUCAUCGAGAGACACUCGAGCUUCGAAAAGAAACCCUUGGCCCUCGGCACCCUCAUACCUUGAUUAGCAUGCAUAGUCUUGCCACCACGCUGCACAACCAAGAGAGAUACUUUCAUGCUGAGGAGAUGCACACCCAAGCUUUUGACCUGCGUAAGGACAUCCUUGGCCCCCAACAUCCGCACACGCUCGCGAGUAUGGAUGGCCUUGGCUCUGCUCUCCGUGGUCAGGAAAAGUACGAUGAGGCGGAAAGAGUACUACGAAGCACUUUGGACCUACGCUCCGAAUCGCUUGGGCCGCAACAUCCUAGUACUUUAAUUAGUGUGGAUAGUCUUGCAUCUGUACUGGAGAGCCAAGGAAAGGAUACUGAAGCCAAGGAACUUCUAAGCAGAUUGACUAUAACAAAUUGA